CCCCCCCUCCCUUUCCCUCCUCCCCUCCUCUUUCACCUUUCCGAACCGAGGCUGAAAUACACAUUAUUGCUAGGAAGAGAGACUGGGGGAGGGGGGGACGCGAGCGAGACUCAUUGAAACUGAGCCCCCAUCCGAAGCUUAGGGGAGAAGGAGAGGGAGAAGAACGGAAGCUUAUUCGCAGCUCGACUUGGCUCCUAGCUGUUGGCUGUUAGAAUACUAUCCGGGGGGCGGGGGGCGAGCUGUUUUUGAGCGAGUGUCACUUUCGGCGUCUCAGCAGAGACCCAAGUCGAAUUGAAGAACGAGGGCGACGAGACGGGAAGGGGGAAAGGAGCAAAAGCAAAAUUGCAGUAUUAGCCCAGGGAGGUCCAGUCGCAUCUGCAGCCGAGGAAGCCUGGGCCUGGGAACCCAAGAUUCCCGGAACUCCGAGAGCAGCGCUUCUAGCUCGAGAGCCGAGGAAGCAGAACUCGGGCUGGCCCCGGGAGAAAGCCAGACACCGCAGGGACUGUCUACUCUUGUCUCCCGGCGAAGCCGGUCCGUGCCAGGACCAGCAGGAAAAAAAAAACAAGCCGAGGGUGCCCACCCGCCCGGAGUGAUUAUGCCUCGGAAUCCUGCGCUUGGAAGUUUUUAGAAAGCAGUUCCCCAUUCUUCCUUCACAAAAUAGAGACUGAGAAUACCCCAUCUCACUCGGCCCGGCCAACCAAAGGAGGCGUUUCUGGGUUCCUGUGGGGUCCCCCACUCUUUUAACGAUGUACUGUUAGAAAAGGGGGGUCACCAAGAGUGAGGACUCGAGUGCAGCAGCCGGAGCCCCGAUCCCGAUCAGCAGUGCGGCGGCUGAGCCUCCCCAUGAGAGAGCCGGUCAUCCCUGGGACAAGCAUGGCUUACCACCCUUUCUUACCUCACCGGGCUCCGGACUUCGGCAUGAGCGCCGUGCUGGGACACCAGCCUCCCUUCUUCCCGGCUCUCACCCUGCCUCCCAACGGAGCUGCGGCGCUCUCGCUGCCGGGAGCUCUGGCCAAGCCCAUUAUGGAUCAAUUAGUUGGGGCAGCCGAGACCGGCAUCCCCUUCUCCUCUCUAGGUCACCAGGCGGCGGCUCAUCUGAGGCCUCUGAAAACCCUGGAGCCGGAGGAGGAGGUCGAGGACGACCCCAAAGUCCACCUAGAAGCCAAGGAGCUUUGGGAACAGUUCCAUAAAAGAGGAACCGAGAUGGUGAUCACCAAAUCCGGAAGGAGAAUGUUCCCUCCAUUUAAAGUGAGGUGUACUGGGUUGGAUAAAAAAGCCAAGUAUAUUUUGUUGAUGGACAUUGUAGCUGCCGACGAUUGUAGAUAUAAAUUCCACAAUUCCCGGUGGAUGGUCGCAGGCAAGGCUGACCCCGAAAUGCCCAAACGAAUGUACAUUCAUCCCGACAGUCCAGCGACAGGCGAGCAGUGGAUGUCCAAAGUGGUCACUUUUCACAAACUGAAACUGACCAACAACAUUUCUGACAAACAUGGAUUUACCAUUUUAAACUCCAUGCACAAAUACCAGCCUAGGUUCCACAUUGUUAGGGCCAACGAUAUCCUGAAACUCCCCUACAGUACCUUUAGGACCUAUGUGUUCCCUGAGACAGAAUUCAUCGCUGUGACGGCGUACCAGAAUGAUAAGAUAACACAGUUAAAAAUUGACAACAAUCCCUUUGCCAAAGGAUUCCGGGAUACCGGGAAUGGCAGGCGAGAGAAGAGAAAGCAGCUGACUUUGCAGUCCAUGAGGGUGUUUGAGGAGAGGCAUAAGAAGGAAGCGGGGACCUCGGAUGAGUCCUCCAGUGAGCAGACAGCUUUCAAAUGUUUUGCCCAAUCCUCAUCCCCAGCAGCUGUCUCCACCGUUGGGACAUCUAACCUCAAAGAUCUGUGCCCCAGUGAAGGUGAGAGUGAUGCUGAAAGCAAAGAAGAACCACCUGAGGCCAGUGACAUGGGGAAAAUCUCCACCACCACAUCGGAGGAGCCUUCCAAAGAGAAGGGCGCCUCACCCUCCAAGGCCCACCUCUUCCCGUCAGAGAGGGAUAGAGAUAGAGAUCGAGACCGGGACCGGGAUCGAGAUCGAGAUCGCGACCGAGAUAGGGACCGGGACCGGGAUAGGGAAAGGGAUAGAGAUCGAGACCGAGAUCGGGUCAGGGAAGGGAUACGGCUGGAAAAGAACUCCCCGGAUUCUCGUCAUAGUCCAGCUGCCAUCUCUUCUAGCACCCGAGGAUCAGGCUGUGAAGAUCGAAAGAGCCCUGGUCGAGAAGGAGUACCCAAAGUCCCAGAGGAGGGGCGCCCAGUGCUCCCGGGGAAGGAGACCUUCACUCCUCUCACAGUGCAGACGGACAGCUCAUCCCACCUGAGCCCAGCUCACCUCCCGAACCUGGCCUUCCCCCCUAGCCUGGCUAGCCAACAGUUCUUUAGCCCCCUGGGCAAUGGCCACCCUCUCCUCCUGCACCCCGGUCAGUUUGCCAUGGGGGGAGCCUUCUCCAGCAUGGCGGCAGGUAUGGGUCCCCUGCUGGCCACUGUCUCUGGAGCUUCCACAGGAGUCACGGGCUUGGAUACCACGGCUAUGGCGACUGCAGCAGCGCAGGGACUCUCAGGGGCCUCUGCUGCAGCCUUGCCCUUCCACCUCCAGCAGCACGUCCUAGCCUCUCAGGGACUGGCCAUGUCGCCCUUUGGCAGCCUCUUCCCCUACCCUUACACGUACAUGGCAGCGGCGGCGGCUGCCUCCACUGCAGCGGCGGCUUCCAGCUCUGUCCACCGGCACCCUUUCCUGAACGCGGUGAGGCCCAGACUUCGCUACAGCCCGUACUCCCUUCCCAUGCCCCUUCCUGACAGCAGCGGCCUGCUCACUCCGGGUCUCCCUUCCAUGGCGGCGGCCGCGGCGGCGGCGGCAGCGGCGGCAGCUACGUCGGGCAGCGUGUUGGAGGGCAAAGCCGCCACCUUAGCCACCAGCCCGGCCUCGGUGGGUUUGGACUCGGGCUCUGAACUCAAUAGCCGAUCUUCGACGAUCUCCUCCGGCUCUGUGUCCUUGUCCCCAAAACUCUGCCCCGAGAAGGAGCCCUCCACCAGCGAACUACAGAGCAUUCAGCGCCUCGUCAGUGGCCUGGAGUCCAAGCAAGACAGAUGCCGCAGUGGAUCCCCCUAAUGGCCUGCGCCUCAAUCCCAGAGUUCCGAGGAAGGGGGGACCCAUCGGGGCGGGGUGGGGGGGAGGAAGGAUGGGCGCAGAAAUGUGUGGGGGUCGUCAAGGCAUCCCCAUCUCCAGUUCUCGUGUCUCAUUCCAAAUCAUUCUUGCAGUGCACUUUGUAAACUCUGGUGAAGUCCCUCGGAAGGCCCUGCGGCCACAGCAACCCCUCUGGAAAGGGCUGGGCUGGGGAUCAGCUGAGGCUGAGGCUUGAAGGGGUUGGGGGUGGGGAGGUGGGGGGAAGGGAAGGGCUCCAUGGAGGAAAAGACCUAAAAGCUGCUACGUUUCAGAACCAUGCUCUCAUUGAAAGGUCAUGUUUGUCCCAUAGAAAGCCUAGAUGAUGGCCAAGUUCAUCUCCAGGUGUGUUUGGGGUUCGGUUGGUGUUGUAUCUCCCCCUCCCCCCACUCAGUGUGUUGUAAAAUAGACUUAAAUGAAAAUAAAAAUGAAUGGAAAUGAAUGAAUAAGGUUUAGAAAAGUGAUUUUUUUUAAAGAGUCUAAAGUGACUCGCAUAUCAGUUCUUCAACAUGCAAUCGAAUGCAGAACUCUUUUGGGGUGGGAUGAAGCGGAAUACCUGUAGCCCUUCCUUGUUAGACUGUAUUAAUGAAAUCUGUGUCUUUUGAAUAUUAUUGUGAUGUCUUAAGAGCCCCUGUAGGGCCCUCGCAUGCUCCCCGCAGUAGUUAUUUCUCUGUUUUCUUUUUCUGUUGUUUUUAAUUCCCAGGGAGAAAAGAAAAGGACCCCUCCCCCCACAGCCCCCUUCAUAAUAGGAAGAAGGGGGAGGGCAAUUGAAUUUGUCUGAUCCCAAAUAGGUUUGGUUGUUGUCUCCCUCUAUUUCCUUCUCUCUUUACUGUAUAUGCAAUAACCAGGUUAUUCAAGAAUAGUUCCAAAGAGAAGUGGACGCUAUUAGACAAAGUAUUUAUGUAAUUAUUUGGUAACUUGUAAAUAAGUGGAAUAUGAAUACUCAAAAUUAAACUUUAAUUUAUUGACACUGUACAGAUCUCUGUAAAUAAGGCAGCAGCUGUCCCGCCUUUCGUUCUCCAUUUCAUUUCAAGGUCAGACUUGGAAAAGGAGGAAACGCACAGCUCUGGGUUGGUUUGGGGUUUUUUUCCCCCUUGCUCCUUCUUGCUAAUAACCAAGUUAAUUUAAAAAAGAAAAAAAAAGAAAUCCUAAUGCAGAAGAUAAAAAGAAAAAUGAAUGCCAAGGAUGCUAUUAUUAGGUCCUUUCUAGAGUCAAAUGAAGGGAAUGGGGAGCAGAAAAGGAGCAAAGCAGAAUCUUGAGGUUCCCAUCUCUCCUUCGAUUUGGCCCAUUCCUCCUUGCGUCCAAAUGAAAUGGAUUUGACUACUGGUGUCGCUGUGUUGUCCAUUAUUCAUUCGGUGCCUGGAGAGUAUAGCUAAUCCAAGUUUGAAAGUCAGGUGUUUUCCAGAAAGAAUUUAAAAAAAUAAAAGAAAAAGGAAAAUCCGUGAAGGUAUAUUUUGUGUUAGAGAAUCGUUAAUGAGUUCUUGGUUUUCUGUAUUUUUUUUCUUUUAAAACGUCUCUGAAAUUUCAAUAAAUUUUUAUUGAAAUGUC